UGUGUCAUGUUUUUUAAAUUUUUGCCAAAAAGUCUAAUAAUUGCAGGAACACUAUAAUCGUAAUAAACGAAACAAAGCAGGAGAGGACGAUGUAAACGAUAUAAAUUCAAACUUUCAUAGCUCAGAGAAACAAAUCAGAAAAAUCGCACAAAUAACGACUUUUACUAAGUAUGAUAAUUAGCCAGAACUAUGUAGUAAUGAAUGUUCAGGAGAAUGAUCUUUACGGGAAAUGUGGAACGUCUGAAUGAACCCGUAAGAAGAUAUCUCUAAACAGUGGGAGUACUCUUGAGUACACAGCUCUUGACCUCUGAGAAUCAUCGUAAAUCGGCUACUAUUGGAACAAAGCUAUAAUAUCAACGCACGCAACGAGUGAGCAUCGCUAAUCACAUCAAUGCAGACCUGAAGGCUUAGAGUGUGAACAGGUUCCACUGCGAAGUGAUUGGCGAAUAUUUGUGCUCGUGUAUUGUGGUCUCCUCUUAUCGGUCAAACACUAAGUUAUAUAGUAGCGUCAGAAUCCAUCAUAGGGUCAGUUUCACCAGACACUUUAUACCCGCAAACGAGUGUCGUCGACAUCCGCUCGGGCGGUGGUACAGGAUUGUAAUUUGUCCUCCUCGUUCGUCAGUUUCUUCUUAUUCCGGUAUCAUGGUUCCUUUCCAUUCGUUAUGAAGCACAGCUCACGUAUUUCCUGAUUACCAGUGUGAUUCUUCGCCGCAAAGUGUCAAAUGCCAGCGUUGUUGUCUGGCCGCGUACGUGGAACGAAAUGGAGCUUCGACUGUCCGGUCGCAUCAGCGUUCUGCUCCUGGUCGCGUUGUUAGCCGACGCCAACAGGAGGACCUGCCCUCCCGGGGGUACCGUCAGCCUGACAAACGCGCGGAGGAACGACUCGGGAUUCCUGGCCGAGUCCGGCGAGUUCUUUCCUCGAGAUGUCGUUUGGGAAGACGACGGCACGUGGAGCGGCUGCUUCUGCGACCUCAAACCUUGUUUGCCCCUCUGUCCACCGAAGAACGCCACCACGCAGGACACGGAGACCAUGGAGAUCGACUACUCGGCGAUGCCUCCCGUCUACAACCCCAAUUUCGACCUCGACGAAAGUCUCCGGUUCGAGCAGAGGUUCCACGUUAUCUUAUCGCACCCGUGCCCGGGGAUUGAGAUGUACUUUUUGAACCCGUCAAAGCAUCCGAACGACGAGUAUUACCUCAUGGCAAACGGAUUGUUGGUCAUGCCGAAGGUGCAAGACUCCUCGCAGACGAUUGUCGACGCGACGAGUUACUGCUUUCGACUGAAGCGCAGCUCGUCGAUUUACACUCCGAGGCUCUGUGAAGCAGCGGAUCCUAUCCCUAUUAUGGACCCGAUAAGGACCGCGAACUACGUCGGAGCCCUCGUGUCCGUUCCCUUCCUUCUCGCGACUAUCUUCGUUUACUCCGUCAUCCAGGAGCUCAGGAACAUCCACGGCACUACUCUCAAAUGCUAUUUGGCCAGCCUCGUCAUCGGCUACGUGGCCCUUGGUAUCGAUCGCAUUCCAAAUCAGACAAACUUCAUCAACGAUGUUAGCGCAAUUUGCCUUUUCCUCGGAUUCAUCAUCUACUCAUCUUUUCUUGCCAGUUUUUGUUGGCUGAAUGUCAUGUGCUUCGACAUUUGGUGGAGAUUCGGUGGCUACGGGCCGCUAAGGAGUAACGGAAAUAGCGGCGACCGUAAGAAGUUUAUCAGGUACUCGAUUUACGCGUGGGGAUGUCCAAUCCUGUUGACUACCAUUUGCAUCGUCAUGGAAUUCGCCGAUGUUGGAGAAUCAACGAUCAAGCCAGACUUCAGGUCAAACGGUGGCUGGUUCAGAACCAAGUAUACCGCGAUAUUGUACUACUACGGUCCGGCUGGCGUUAUGAUAACCACCAACAUUUUCCUCUUCAUUUUAACAUCUUUGAAGAUUCUCGAACAUAAAAGGAACGUGAAACCUCACCUGAACAGCGGCGAUAGCCAAAGACACGACGAAAACGAGCAGUGGUUCAGCUUGUACGUGAAGCUUUUCGUAGUGAUGGGGAUCUGCUGGUCGACGGAGGUGAUUUCGGGGAUUUGGGAAGGGCCCAGGCACAUCUGGUACGUCACGGACAUGGUCAACGCGCUCCAAGGGAUCGUGAUCUUUGUCAUUUUCGUCUGCAAAAAGAAGAUUUGCCGCUCGCUGAAGCAGCGCUACAACAGUCUUCGAGUCAUCUGCAAAGGUUGCAUCUUCGAAACAAGAACUGCAGACUCGUCGUCUACCACCACAACCAACGUCAACGAUCCGACCGCAACUGGACAGGUUUCCGUCCGUAUGCGCGAACGGACUCCAGUAUCACCGGAAACUCCAGAAUCGUCCAGUGGCCCACCUUAUUGAGCGGAACGUAAGGCCUGAACUGGGAGUCUACAAGGACAAAGUGUCCAUGCAAUGCAAAUAAAAUCUAGUCUUCAAGUCAAUCACGAAAGACAACGCCGAAAAAUUUUAUACGGUUAUCAUAUACAGUCUACAAUUGCGAUAGUCAAUUUUAUACAUUGUAAGUGUAUAAGUGUUCACUCAACCCUAGGACCCUACGUAUGGGUACCCCACAUAAUGUUUACGACCUGCUAAAAUCAUUUUUGUUACUUCGUUCAAUCGAAUUUAUCACGGUGAAAAAUUCAUAGUAAGUUUUUCUCGCAUAUACUAUUCCAUUCUUCAGUAUUUCAGCUUUCGAAUGAAACAAACAGAACUCAUCUACAACAAACAGUCCGUUGGCAACGUUCAUUUUAAGUUCUAAGAUACGCGUAACCCCUGUGAAGAUUAUUUGUUUCGUUCAGAUAGUGUAGGAUCCCGGAGUUACGAUGAAUACCAUCAAGUUUUUACGCAAACUGAUAUUUGCUCACAACAUUCUUCUAGAGAAAUGAAUUCGCGCAGUUAUUCUGUAG